GAGAAUCGUUUAAAAGCUAUCUGAGCUCCAUUAAGAUUGCCGAUAAAUUGUAAACAUCGGUUGAACCGGAUUUACAAAAUUUGCCUUCAAGAAACCACGCAAAAUUCAUUCGGUAUAAAUGUGCAAUUGGAAAACGGUCGCAAUCGCGAAAACCCCGAUUGCCGAAAAAUUUGAUUGUGCUUUUUCGCGUUUACGUGCAUCAGAAGCCUUGAAAAAACCGCGGAAUGUUUAAAAUCUCCAUUGACACACUUUUGACCUGUUUAACCGUUGUCGCUAUAGCGAGAUAUGAAUGUUUUAUUGUUCAAGUUUAGACGAUUGAUUAAUAAAAAAAUGUACACGGUGUUCCAAGACAACAUUUUCUCCUGAUACUCUAAUAGUUCUUCUAGAUUUGGCGCGUAACAAUUGCCAGGCAAUAACAUGGGAAACUUACAUACGGUGAGGCGCUAAAUUCAAAUUGUUCCACUUUUAAAAACAUUGUGCGCAUCAGCGAGGCAAAAUCUAAUCAUCGAUAAAUUUAUGGAGUUUGAAAAGUAAGUUUUAUAAUAAUUGGCAUUCUCUUCGCCUACGGUAUGCAUACAUAAAAGGAGAUACAGCUAAUGAAACUUGGAAAAAACUAAUUAAAAUUAACCCAGUAUCACACAAGAUAAAAGUGAACGCAUGCAUCCGCUACUACUACAGUGUUUGAAGGAGAACAAAACCGCUCAUGAUUAGCUUAUCAUAAUUUUUUGUGAGAUAAGAUAGGUAAAAUAAACAUUCAUGCUGCUGCUUGUGCUGUUUGCAAUCAGUCGCAUGAACAAAACGGUCGGACAUGUAUGACAUGUAAUCGCUUGUUCGUUAGUCCGUAAUUUUCAAGUUACUACUUUGGAUACCGAACAUGUAUUGGCUCUUUUAAGGAAAUUAGAAAACAAUCGAUUUCGAAGGAAUUCCUGACGUGUAGCUGUUUGAGAGGACGACAGUUUUCGAGUGCACAAAGCCGGAAUUUCUUCAUUAGUGGCCGCUUCCUGAAUGAAAACUGUUCCAAACAUCCGUUUUAUUGAAAAAAAAAAGUGGCAGAAAUUGGCUAUCUUUACAGAUUGCGAAAUAAUUUCCGUAUAAAGCCGCAAACUAGCCAAAUGCUUGCUUACUGCGGCAUAAUCAUUAAAAUUAGGAAGAAAUGAGACCAUACAAGAAAAGAUCGUUUUUCAAUCAGCACAAUCAUGACAAUGCCGUGGAAAUGGACAAUAGUGAUGAUACGGAAGUUCAGGCUAAUUGCCCGGCAAACGACGACAGUGCAGAAAAAGCACGGGACAAAGAAGACGAACCAAAGGGCAGGAAAAAGUGGAAGAGGAAAAUAUCCAGAAAACAAUUUCGACAUCACAACAUAAAAUUGUUUACACCGGGAGAAUAUCGUUCAUCCACUUUAUUGAAACAAACUGAUUCGGCUCCAUCAGUUUCCAAAGAUCUCACAGAAGUCACUAAGGACUCGAUAUUGGAAUCCAUCGUGAGUUCAUUGGGGGGCAACAAGCAGCUUUUGCCGCGGGGCGAAGAAGCGCUCAACUCGAAAGAGGCAGUUGAAGAAAAUAACAACAUGAACUGCUUUAGAAACCACAACAAUGUUGGAAAACAUCAAUUACCCGCAAUCGUUCCUGAAACGCCGACAGUGCGAAGACGAAGCGCGGAAAACAUCCAGAUCGCAAAACCGGUCGCAGGAAAACCUCCAGAGCAGCCAUCAAGCGCACAAACAACCGCUCAAGAUGAAACAGUUGGCGCAAAAUUUGCACACUCUGAGGCCAGUCUGAAACCUUUCGAAUUGCCGGCCAACAAUGUCCGUUUCACUCUAAAACCAUCGGUUAGAUUCAGCAGGGAGUCAUCGAAAUCCAGCAACAAGUUGCGUGAGAACCAUCUGGAAUCAACGCAAAAUGUCGACGGGAGAAUAGUGAUUGAUAAACCUAUGCAGAGUUCAAGCGCACUUUUUGAAAAGAACUUUCAAUUGCAACAGCGGCAAACGAAAUUUUUCGAAAAUCAACCCGAACGGUUGUUUGCUCAAACAAAUUCAGCGGAAAUACCUGUGGACCUCAGCAGGAAAACUACGAUUUACAAUCAGAGAGAUUUCGAGUUGAUGCAGCACGCAGAACUGAUGAGACAGAUAGACAAAUUGAAAAAUGCCGCCGCUCAAUCACAGUUAAAAGUACAAAAACCAGCAAUUAAUCUCAGCAAUAGCGAAAAUAAGCACAUCGGUCACUCUCAUUAUUACAAAUCGCGGUCUCAGCAAGAGAUAAUCAGUAAACUGAUUGAGGCCAAGCAGCGUGAGAAAUAUUCCAGACCAACAGCAGAGUCAAUACAAGAGUUUCUACGCAACAACCCCAUACCCCCACAUUCCGACGCGGAAAUAUUUAAAAAUACAAUUUUGAAAAUCUCAAACAUGUGUCAACUGGAAAACAUGUUGCGGGCAUUAUUCCGGCAACCCUUAACUUUAGAAGUCUUAAGAUCAAUGUGCCAGGCUUUCCUCCAAUUGGACGCAGCUAGAGAAGACCCUGGCAUACCAUCCGAGUUCAGAUCAGAAGCCCAGGCGAUUCUACAUGAGACCUACAAUUUCAUUUCCAACGUCCUUAAAAGCGAGUGUCCAUUGAAUUUGGAUAUUAUGAAAGCCAUUAAAAGUUUCGGUCAGUCUGAUGGCACUUCUGGAGAAAUCCCAAUUGAUGUUAUAAGAAAUCUUAGCAUAAACGAUGCUCCUAAAUUGCCGAGGUUUGUUCCUCAGAGUGCACAACCCAAAGGCUACAGCGAGUUAAAUAAACUCCCGCCUCACUACAAUGGAAGGAAAGUGGCUAACGCCCAUACUAAGGCCUUGAGUAGCUUGCAUUUGUACUCAGGAGCGUCUUCUCCCCAAGCAGGGGAUUUGCCCGGUCCAUUGGAACACUCACCUCCGAUAGCCAGAAAUGAGAUGAUCCCGAAGAGAAAUGAGCCGAAUUGGAUAUUCCCAAUCGUCCCAAAUUCGGUGGAGCGUCCCGUUGCGCCCAACAUACCUUACUAUGCCAACCCGGCAGGCAUCCAAGUGCGAUUUGCACUUCCCAACAUGUACAAUGCACCGAAGGAUCCCCGGUCUGAGCCGACACCUCAAAACACUUUGCUGGGAAAGCCUCGCAGUAAAUUGUACAAACACUUAGAUACGGUGAAUGCUGCGGCUCAGAAAAGCUCUUUUUCGCACCCACAUGCUGACCCCAAUCAGGAAUACAUCUAUAUGAAAGCCCCGUCUGCAUACAGAGAGGCCUCGAAACCUUCUCAAGGCAACGUCUUUCUGCGGCCGAGUGCCUUGUCUGCAAGCUAUCAGCAAAAUAACAUGGAGACUCAAAAAAUUGGGGCCCCACCCGCAUUUGCAACAUCAUACUUUCAGUCAACCAAAGAGCCGCCUGUCAACAGAAACAUGCCUGGACAUUCGUCUCCGGACUACGUUAAGCAGUUUUCUUCGGCAUUUUCAAUUUCGCAACAUCCCAACUUGGAGAUACAACACAGCAUUGUGAGGCCUUCCCUCGAACAACAAAUGCCAAAGGCUUUCAAUACGAAUCACAACAGGGACGCAACACCACCAACGAAGCAUUUGGAAGUUGCGAAGUUUAUUAGCAAUGCUAGUCAAGUGCGCGACAGAGCUGAAAUGAUGGAAUUGCAAUCUCCAGUUGUAAAAGAAAAGCCUAAAACUCUACCCGCCGUUAUAGUGGCCGAUAACUCGAUGCAGAUUACCAAAGAGCCCACAAAGCCCCAGAAGGAGCUAACAGUAAAUCAAGAUCGACGCGAGUCUCCAAAAUGUGACCAUCACCUCGCAGAACCCACAAAAGAGAAACUGGAAAAAGACCACGAAGAAAACAACUCCGAGUUCUUCGUCUGGCUGGAGAAGUUGAAGAAAAAUAAGAAACUCAAAAGCAAAUUCCUCAGUCAGAUGGGCAUUAUCAAGAAAGAAGAACCUGUCGCAGACAGCGACUGCAUCGAAAUCGUCGAUAGCGAUGAAGACAUGCCAGAAAUAGUGGACGAUAAUCAGGCAACGCGUGCAGCUACAGUGAUUAUCACAGUUCCGAGUUCAGUGGAACCCACAAAGACUCCAACCAUCGCAAAAGCUCCAUCCAAAUCGUGCCAGAAGAGUGCUCAACAGGACUCAGUGGCAAAGAUCAGCGUGCCCCAAAACUUGGAAAUCACCCCUGUUCCGCCAACAACUGCAACGCCUACCAACAUCUCAAACCCUCAACUACGGCGUACCCCUAAACAUUCACUAUCUAAAAGAGUUUACAUGCCACCCAUCCCUCUACCAUAUCAGCAGUCAGCUUCGACGUUGGAAACUGCGAGCAAAGUAGAGGCGAAAAAAACGAUUUACAGCCCGGAAAUUGAGCCAAUAUCUCCACCCAACCAUCAGUCAACGGCCUUUACUUUCCCUGAAGCUCAGCCUUCGGCCACUAAAGCUCUAUCACCUUCAGCAAACUCUACUGAACGAGGGAUCAUUCUGAAUGAAUCCGUGGCGUCCCCAUCAUACGUUCAGAAAAGGAAGUCUUCAGACUUUCCAGAGUAUCCAAAGGAUAGUCCUACAAAGCCUGAGUUCUCAUUGGAUAAUGGGUCUAAACGAAGAAAAUCUCUGGAUAGGCCCCAAACUUCCAUUAGCCCUAGAGUGGCGCCAAGUGGAAAACUGCACUACAGAAGAGAUAAGCACAUGUUUUUGCGAUAUUUUGAUGAUACGCAAGUGGCGCUCUACAUAAAAAGUCUGUCGAGUCAAGACGAUGAGAUGCCGACGACGACUGCAAUUAAUCCCGAUAACAUGAAAAACGCCUUUAAACCGUUCAAUUUCUAUGUGGAACAGCCGGGAAAAACGGAAAUAGUGAAUCUGCCCAAAGACGUGGAGUUCAGCACCAAGGAAGAUCUUCCCGAUGUGGAGGAGUUCGUGAAAGAGAGCAGCCUGGUGGAGAAAUAUGUUCCAAAGGAUUUUGCGGAUUUUUACAGAUACGUGACGGGAUUUCAAAUAAUCAAAAACAAGCAUCCGGUCUCCCUAGAGACUUUUCUAACGAUGUACAACACGAAUCGAACGUCGGAAUUGCUGAGGAAGUAUUUGCAAAGAUUGGACGAAGACUCAUCUGGAGCGGUGUCCAGGUAAAAAUCAAGCUUAUCUGGUCGGAGUUAUUAUGUAUGAACAAUAUAACAAUUUUGUGAUGUGCCGAGGGAAAUGGAUGAAUUCCAACUUCAAAGUACGUUAGUAAAAGUGCCGGUGGACUUUGUGCCUUUGGACGUGUGGUUUUUCAUGAAAAUCAUACAAUGUGGCGACUAACAAAAACGGAAUGAUUUUGAGUUCGUUAUCGGCAAACAAUAUUAAUAAAAGCAACACAAUUGCUUUCCAAACAUUUCCACAGCUUUCAUUUUCAUCUAUCCUGGUACUAAUCGAAUGGUGAAUCGAAUUAAUUAGCAAAAGUCGUUAGACUAGUGCAGGUAACGACUUUUGCCAAUUAAUGAUCCCAAUCCGAAAAACUACAGCCAAUUAAGUGGAUGUUACCGAUGUAAAAAUACUACUCACUAAGUGAUGAAAGAGGGUUGCAUUUCACCGAUUUCGUAGUUUCUAGAAACAUCAAAUGGCAAACCGCAUUGCAUAUAAAAGUAUUAAAAACUUUCAGUUAUGAUCAUGUUAAGUUUUACAGAUUAGUAUUAUAUGUAAUCCGCAUUAAUUUAAUUAAGUUUUGAACUAAUUUAUUGUUAAGUUCGUCUUUUCUACUUUUGUAAUAAAAUAUUAAUUGAUAGAAA